AUGAAGAUCAUUGUGCUGGUGCACGAGCGAACGCACACGCACGAGAAACCGUACAUCUGCUGUCGGUGUCCCAAGGCGUUCGCGGCCAAAGAUCGGUUGAUCGCACACGAACGCACCCACCAGGGUGCGUACGCGUUCGAGUGCGAAUUUUGCACGCGCAAAUUCAACACUAACAAAGCGCUGAGCAGGCAUCGAUUGCUUAAGCACGACCAAGCAGUCCAGAGCUUCGAACCGCAUGGAUGCAGCCAGUGUGGUCAACUGUUGCUAUCACAAUCCGCCGCCAGUUAUCACACCCGGCACCAGUGUGUUGAGGAGAAGAAGAAAAUGCGCACGCGGCAGGAAUCCGUUCGGUGCGCUUUGUGCAAGCAGCUGUUUCUCACGCAGCACCACCUCGAGACGCACCUAGCGGAAUGGCACGGAACGCAGGAACUGGAGCAACAUCUGCAACGGAACAGGGAGAAGGAACGCACGCACAAGUAUCCCUGUGAGGUGUGUGGCAGGAAGUUUAAGCAGAAAAUCGUACUAACACGCCACCGGCAAAGACACGACGGAGUACGGCCCUAUCGGUGCGAAAUUUGUGGCCGCACGUUCGUGCAGAAGGGCACACUGAAGACGCACAUGCGGACGCACACGGACGAUAAACCGUUUCUGUGUGCGCGAUGUGGAGAAGGCUUCCGUUCGGCGGCAUCCCGGCAGUACCACUGGAUGAAGACCGGUUGUGAGGAGGACAAACCCGACGAUUCGACGAAGGAUCCACCAAAGUCGAAUAAUGAUAUUAACGAAUUAAUGAGUUCGGACGCUUCCAUCAAAUAG